AACCAGUGCUACUGUCAACGUUGUUACGCUUUUUUUCCUGUUCGUGCCGUUUAACUUGUUAAUCAAUCAUUCAUCAUAAUCAACUAGCAGUUCGCCGGCGGAGCGUGACUGAAAGAUUUUUCGCGAAAUAUUUCUCGCGCGAGUGGCGGAGAGUCGCUCGUCGCCGGAGAGGAGAUCGAGAGAAUCCACGGAGAAGCCUGUGAGAGGGGAUUCCUAAGAGGGGGUCGACGACCGAUCGGCGAGUCACACGCGAGAGAGCGACUCAUCUCUGAAAAGGAACCGACAUUUAAAGUCGCUUAAUCGCGAUAACGGCGCACCGGUGACGAGACAGCGGGCUCUCCUCUCUCGUCAGUCCUGUCGCAGCAUCGCGUCUCUCUUUCUUCCGGACUCGAUUCUCCCAAGUUUCACUUCGUUGUAGAAGACGCCAGUCGAUGCCCGACGCUUUGAGACGGAUGAUCUACGCGAGUGUUCGUCGAUAACGUGCGUCACGUUAGUUGAAGCAAUAUCGAAGGAAAAAGCAGUGUCGCGCUCGCAGCUGUUCGCCGUAGUCGAGUCUUGGUCACGUGGAAGCCGGUGUCUUCGCAAGCCCAACACGCAACAAUGAGUCGAAUGCUUGUGUUACUAGUGGCAGCUGUAACUGUUGUUACAGUUACGUAUGCCGAGGAGGAAUUAGUGGCGGUUGUUCGUCUGACAUCAUUUUCCUCGAAAAAUGUCACGGGUAACUUGAAGAUCGUUCAGAGCCCUCCGGAUGGACCCGUUACUAUCACCGGCAAGAUCUACGGACUCACUGAGGGACUACACGGUUUCCACGUGCACGAGAAGGGAGAUUUGAGCAUGGGUUGCACAUCCGCGGGAGCGCAUUUCAAUCCUGAGAACGUGAGCUCUCACAGCAACCGAUAUUUCUUUAAAUAGCUAUGCAUAAUAA